CCACGUUCCACUUCGACCACGGAUGGUUUCAUUGGCAGAGGACGACGGAAAAUGGAGACUGUCGAUUGCGCCCGGGGUGGAUCUCGAUGCUCGCGCGCUUUCUGCGGCUCUACAAUAAACAGCUCGCAGCUUCUGAGCUGAGCAGCCGUACCAAUCACCGAAACUCGCCAAAGCGGCGAUUCUGUCUGCCCCCAUUCGAGCGAUCAUCUUUAUUGUAACGCAUCCUGUGACGGACAUCGCGGUGUCGUUUGGGCGUGUGCUGAGGCGGGCCACGAGCGUGCGUCCGGACCGGAUGCGAUCUGGACGUUAGCACGCACCCGCCAUGGUAGCUUCUGCGCUCCUGCUCGCGGUCCUCGCCCCCUUCGCGGUCGCCAAGUCGUACCCCGCGCAAUUCUUCGACCCGCUCGUGCCCCAGAAAGUGCUGAAGACCGCCCAGUCGCUGCCGUCGCCCAUCCAGUACCCGCAGUACACGGGCAUCACGAGCAACACCGGCGUGUGGCAGCUGUUCUCGCCGAAUACAUGGACGAGCGCGUUCUUCCCGGCGACGAUGUACGCGCUGAACACGCGCAAGACGCUCUGCGGCGCGACAGCUGCCAACGGGCUGGGCGCGGCGGACUGGCUGGCCUGGGGCCGCUCGCUGAGCAACGGCCUCAUUCCGCUGGAGCAGUCCAACGGCGUCGGCCAUGAUGUUGGCUUCCUCAGCUUCCCCUUCGUCGAGGAGUUGGCGAUAAACCCGACGAACCAGACGGCCAUAGCUGCCGUGAACAAGUUUGCCGCCGACCUAGCCGCGAGAUUCAAUCCAGUUGUCGGCUGUACGCGGAGCUGGGACACAUCGGAUCCUACGUUGUUCCAAGUGAUCAUCGACAACAUGAUGAAUCUGGAGGUGCUCUGGGUCUCGUAUAAGCUCACGGGAAACGCGACGCUCCGCCACAUCGCCGAGACGCACGCCAAUACGACCAUGAAGAACCACAUCCGGCCUGACGGCGGCACCUGGCACGUGAUUGAGUACAAUGCCACGACGGGCGCCGUGGUGGCGAAGAUUACGUCGCAGGGAUUCUCGAACAACAGUACCUGGAGUCGCGGUCAGGCGUGGGGUGUUUACGGAUUUGCGAACAUGUACAAACACACCGGCUACCCUGCCUAUCUCGACACCGCGCGUAAGCUCGCCAACUACUACCUCACCAAUCUGCCUGCUGAUGGCAUCGUUCCUUGGGACUUCAAUGCUCCGUUGACCCCGGCUCCGAGACCAUCAGAUUCGUCUGCUGCGACUGUCGUGGCAACAGGACUUAUCCUUCUUGCCUCCGUGGAAACACCCGACAACGUAGACAAGUGGAGGAACUUGGCGAUGACGAUUCUGAACAACAUUACUGCCCUUGCCUGGAAACCGUCGUGGCAAUCUCUUCUGUCGAAUGGCACCGUCAAUUGGCCGGCGCAUAAUCUGCUCACAGGGAUUGUCUACGGAGACUACUAUUUUAUCAAAGUUGCGAAUGACUUGAUCUCUCAGAAGUUGAUCCUUGUCCAUCUUGAUUGUUACCUCCGGCCUAUGAAGAUCAUCGCCAUAGGGGCCGGCAUCUCCGGUAUCAGCUUGGCGCACGACGUGCAAGAGACGGGCGAGAAGCUCGACCUGACGAUCUACGAGAUGGCCUCGGACGUGGGGGGCACCUGGCUGUGGAACCGCUACCCGGGGAUCCGCUGCGACAUCCCGUCGGUGAACUACCAGAUGCACUGGUGUCCGAACCCGGACUGGUCCGAGUACUACUCGACGGGGGACGAGAUCCAGCGCUAUUACAAGAGCCUCGUCGAUAGAUUCGAGCUCUGGAAAUACAUCCACCUUCAACACGAGGUGACACACGCGGAAUGGGACGACGGCGCGAAGAAGUGGAAGCUGCGCAUCCGGGGGCCAGAUCAGCAUGAGUUCGAGGACGAGUGCGAUGUGUUCCUAAACGGGGGCGGUGUUCUCAACGUCUGGAAGUGGCCCUCGAUCGAAGGACUGCACUCCUUCAAAGACACCUUGUGCCACACUGCGCGCUGGCCCGAGAACCUCUCGCUCAAGGACAAGCGCGUGGCGGUGAUUGGAUCGGGGUCCUCAGGGAUCCAGGUGCUGGCGGCGAUCCAGCCAGAGGUGAAGCAGCUGUACCAUUGGAUCCGCUCGCCCACUUGGAUCACGGGGGCAUUUGCCCCGCAGUUCGCCGGACCCGGCGGCGUCAACUUCAAAUACUCUGAAGAGCAGAAAGAGAGGUUCCGGAACGAUCCAGAGCAUGCCCUGAAAUACCGGAAGAUGAUAGAAUCUGAGCUCAACGAACGAUUCAAGUUCAUCGUCCAGGGCACGCCAGAACAACUAGCAUCUUUGGAGUUCGGCAACCGGGAUAUGCGAGAACGACUCAAGCAAGACGAGCGGCUGAUCGACGCUAUUGUGCCCAAGGAUUUCGCGGUAGGAUGUCGUCGGCCAACACCAGGGAACGGAUAUCUCGAGGCUUUGCUCGAGCCGAAUGUGCAGGUCUACACGGAAAUGUUCCAGCGCAUCACCGAGAAGGGCUUCAUCGACGCACAAGGGAACGAAGUUGAGGUGAUUGGCUUCGAUACAAGUUACAAGCCCCGCUUCCCGAUCGUCGCACAUGGCGUGAACAUCCAGGAUCUGUGGAAGGAGUAUCCCGUCGACAGUGUCAGUCGUUCUGUUCAGGCUGGGACCGCCGGGAUUAAUCUUGAAAUGCAGUAUCUGUCCGUUGCAGUCAAAAACUUUCCAAAUUAUUUCAUGUACUACGGCCCCCACGGCCCCAUCGCCCACGGCUCCGGUGCCCCAGUGAUCCAUGCCUACACGACCAUGUUCCUCAAGAUCAUCCAGAAACUCCAGAUGGAGAACAUCACUGCGAUCAAGAUCAAGGACAAAGCGGCCGACGAUUUCAACGAGCACCGGGAGCUGUAUGUCAAGCGGACGGCGUGGGUCGGUAACUGCUCCUCGUGGUUCAGACUGCACAAGGAUGCUGCUCCGAUGCUCUUCCCCGGGAACCGUGUACUUUUCAUGGAGCUGCUGUACAACAUCCGGUGGGAGGACUGGGACUACGAAUAUGGCUAUGCCGGGAACAGAUUCGGAUACCUGGGUACUGGAUUCACUCAGCGGGAAACCGACGGCCGAGACACUACGUUCUAUUAUGGAGUGAUGGACGGGAGAGACGAGCAGCCCGACUACGCGGAUAUUCGUCCAUUGUACGCAUGGAGGUAAGUAGCGGGAGGAAGGGGACCGGGAGUUACCGUGGAGCCAUCAGUGGUCCGGCAACGCCCAGCGUCUAAUCGCAGCCAAGGUUCAUAUCGAGCACAAGUGAUUUUCCCUUCCGCUUUGAAUCCGUCGAAGGCGCGCAAUACAGCUACGCUCUAGCGCACACGAUUUAAUGCAUAGACUACAUGGAAUGUGAUACAGAUUAGGCUCACAUGUGUUACUAUUUCAUGCAAACACCGCACCCUCGCUCGUGUUCUGUCUUUCACGCAAUCCACUGCAGACAAAGCAGGGAUGCUGGCUCUGUUUCAUAUUUCGGAGUCAUUUUGCCGCCCCGUGCUCUUGCGAAAAUGUGAACAACGAGAAAGAACGUACGAUGCCAGAGGUGGCGUGAGGAUGCAUUGUGUCGCCCGCAUCGUCGAUGGGUUGGCAAACACGUCAGUCCAGAUCCAAUUGCGAUGCAGGCAAAACGGGUCGUGGAGCUGCUCAAGAUGGAGGAAAUUCUUGAAUAUGAUGAGACCUGGAAAAUGAGCAGCUUUCGCAUCCGCAUCGGUGUCGUAGAUCGCACAGCCCUUGAGGUGAGCUACGCAUGCAGGGUAUCUCUUAAUCUUCUGUACGAUUCUAUAAAAGCCGGUUUCGACAAGUAAAGCAAUGGAAACGUACCGCUAGAGCUUGCAUCUCACACCAUCUCGUCCGCGGGAAAGGUCCAGAGCACUUGGCGCAUUUCCGAACCGAUUUUUCGUCUGAUGACCCAUACGCUUUGGUGGAGCCGCAUCUCCCGCUCGGUCCACCUAUGCAUUUCAGAGAAGCACGCAAGGAGAGCUAGCACCUGCCAGUACUCGUGUGACAAAAGGAUAUGAACUUUGGUUCAAUAGCAAAUCCACUUGGCACUUGGAAUAGACAGGUCUUAUUGGGUCGAGAGGUUCCACAAACAAGCUUAAUGAUGAACGUAGUUCCAGGAGAGUUGG